AUGUUGAUACCCACCCGCUUGGCCUGGCCCGCGCAUCAAAGCUCACCAAAACAUCUCUUUGGAUUGCUUCUCACUGCCGUGCAUCACAUAGAGUGCCGACAGCACUACUAUCGUUGUUAUAUCGACACACCCAACAAGAAACUCCUUCCAGUGCCGUUGGCCCAGCGGACUGACAGUGCCGCUCGCAUUGAGCCCGAUGAAGAGGACCUGGAGGUCCCCGACACCACCUCGGAACAUCUGGAUCCAAAAUAUCGUCCCAAGCUCUCCGCAGAUUUUGGUGGCUUUAGCCCAAUCCGCCUGGACUAUGAAUUGGAGGCCUUGCCCGAUGCGGAGAACCUGAUUGCUGACGUGACGCUGCACGACGAUGAUACCGGCCCUGUGCGGAAGCUCAAGUUGGCUCUUUUGGCUGCAUACGCCAAGCGUUUACGGCACCGUUUUGAAUGUCAUCGCGUGGCCCAGGAAUACGGUUUGUGCCAUGCCAAAAGCAUUGAUCGAGAAUGCAUGGAAAGUGCGACGCUGUCACGCAUAUGCCAUCGCCUCCGGCCAUUUGCCCGCUUCCAUUCGGCAAUCGACCACAAAAAUCUGCUCCGGUCUUUCCAGCGGCGCGCCCACUUCCGCCAUCAGAUUUUGAAGCUUCAAAGAUUUCGACAAGUGGGCUGCCGCACGGCCGAGGACUGCCAGAACGUUGAUCCCCAGUCCGACGCGACGGCAUUGGACGGACCUAACCGUAAGACGGUGCGCCAAGCACAUUGGCAGCGUUUGCCCUACGGGCAUGACCUCAGCAAAGCGGAAUUGUCGCUUUGUCAACGUUUGAUGCUCCUACCAUCAAUCUACGCCUCACUCAAGCGAGCGCGGGUUUUGGGUACCCCGUUGAAGGACGGAAUUAAACUCGAUAAAGAGAAGCUACUGCAGGUGGACUCGUUCUUUCAACAGCAAGGCUGGUGA